CACGAGGUGACGACAUAAAUUUGAUCCUUUUAUGCGCGAACUUGACUUGCGUUGAGCUGAGAAAUCGGCGCGAGGCGAGCUUUGUCAUCAUCGUUCAGACCUGGAUCUUUUUGUUUGAAGGCAUACUUUGACCCAGUCCUGUUCUGCAACAAUGGCCUCCCUGAGUGGUAUUCAGGUUAAGGAACUGGAUAAGCGUGCCUCGGGGCAAGCGUUUGAGGUCAUCCUCGGCAGUCCUGCUCCGGAUGCUAAGAGCGAGUUCCCCCUCUCCUCUCCAAAGAAGAAGGACCUUUCCUUGGAGGAGAUCCAGAGGAAACUAGAAGCCGCAGAGGAGAGACGCAAGUCUCAUGAAGCAGAGGUUCUGAGGCACUUAGCUGAGAAGCGCGAGCAUGAAAAGGAGGUGCUUCAGAAAGCUCUAGAAGAAAACAACAACUUUAGCAAGAUGGCAGAAGAAAAACUCAACCAGAAAAUGGAGGCCAACAAAGAGAACCGCUCUGCAAUAAUGGCAGCUAUGAAUGAGAAAUUCAAAGAAAAGGACAAGAAACUGGAAGAGGUUAGAAAGAACAAGGAAACCAAAGAGGUCCCCUGUGAUGAAGAAAACUGAAAUUUACAAUAACUGGGGAUUCUGAUGGGGUUUUUAUACAUAACCAAAGAUUUAAUUUUCUUUAUCUAUUGAUGACCUGUUUGUUUUUCCUUUUUGGGUGAAGUUCAUUGCUCAUGAAUUUAAAAAAAAAAAAAAAAAAAUUAGACCAAAAAAAUUGACAUUCCAUCAUGGGUCUAUAUUCAGAAAACAAAAAUGCAGCUCUUGGUUUGUAUAUAGCAGUGAUCAGCUCUCCUGUUGCAUCUGUGCACUAUUUCGUCAGAAUUUGCAACUUUGUCAUCUGAUAUUAGCUGUGUUCUUCACCCUAUAGGGACCUAUGUGAGUGAUCUGCUCAAAUCUUCACAUGUCUGUAACAGUAUGCACUUCUUGAGCUUCUGUUCCUACUUUCAUGAGGUUGGGUGCGCUUGAUUCCGUUUUUCUGCUGUGAGCGCAACUUUUCUCUGCGUAGGACUGAAAAUGGGUAGAGGUCUUUACACAUGAAAUGCAAAAAUAGCAAUACACUUUAGCAUCUUGAUGGUGAACUUGUCAAAUUAAAACUGUUGUAUUAAAAAUAAGAAAUAAAAGUGCUUAAGCUAG